GGAUCCGGAGGGGACACCUAUAAACCCGGCGUUGAAAGCGAGCAUAACUAACGUGUUCGAGACCAGCUAGGUUACAGCCACAGGGGCGAAACAAUCCGCACUGACUCAAAGGGCGCGGUGCAUAGGUUAGCGGUCAUGAUGCCCAUAGCACUAGUGGUGGCAGAGGACGAAGAGUGUUUCAAGAACAUCUACAACAUCGUCUAUGUUGAAGUGGCAGAGAGAAUGGGACUCCUUCAGCAAGGGUAGAUGGACACAGGCUCAUACCGUACUUACCUUACCGGUCAGACUAAGGCCUGAGUGGCCUCUGCUGUACAUAGGGGCUGUCCAUAAACCACGUGGUCAUUUUUUGGGACUUUUCUGCACUCGAUCUACGCACAUCGCUCGAUCCAUUGUUCAAUCGUAUCAGUUUAUCCGGGAAUCCGUAUUCGUGCAUAAUCUGCCAUAGCUGUUCUCGAUCGAUUGUAUCACACGCCGAUUUGAAAUCGAUGAAGAAGUGAUGUGUGGGCACGUUGUAUUCGCGGCAUUUCUGCAACACCGGCGGAUGGCGAACAUCUGGUCCGUUGUAGCGCGUUCACUCAUGAAUCCAGCCCGAUAUUGCCCCUUGAACUCUCUUGCAAUCGGUGAUAGACGGCGGCAUAAAAUUUGGUAGAGUAUCUUGUAGGCAGCGCUCAGCAGUGUGAUCGAGCGAUAGUUCCCGCAAUCCAACUUGUCGCCCUUUUUGUAGAUGGGACACACGAUACCUUCCAUCCAUUCCUCCGGUAAUACUUCCUCCUCCCAAAUCUUGGUAAUGACCCAGUGUAGUGCUCUCACCAGUGCUUCUCCACCGUAUUUUAGAAGCUCGCUUGGUAGUUGAUCUGCUCCAGCGGCUUUGUUGUUUUUCAAUCGGCCAACCUCUUCCUCAAUCUCUUGAAGGUCAGGGGCCAGAAGUCUUUCGUCCUGUGCACAUACUCCUAGAUCUGUUACCACGCCACCUUCGGUACUUGCAACGUCGCCAUUGAGGUGCUCAUCGUAAUGCUGCCGCCACCUCUCGACCACCUCACGCUCGCUCGUGAGAAUAUUCCCGUGAUUAUCUCGGCACAUGUCGGCUUGUGGCACAAAGCCUUGUAACAAGUACGCUUUGUGAUUUAUAAAUGUUCACUGUUAAAUAUAUUGAAUCUUUUUCAAUUUAAUUAUGUUGCAUGUUCAUUCGUUUUUUCCAUUUAAAUUUAAAAUUGAUUCACCGCACAAAGAUCUCUAUCUUCAAAAGUUGCAAUUGGCAUACGCUUGCCCAAAUGAGUUCCCUAUAUCCAGUAACACGCGCCCAAAUGCAAUGGACCCAAGCCAGCUAAAUUGAAUGCGCGCAAUUUGUGAUGCCAUCGGCGGGCAUCGACCUGUCCCAAAAUCCUUUCAGGAUCCAUUGACCUUUCCCGUUCGGUUUUGCGCACUCCUACCGAACUUGGGGAGAGAAUCUGACUGAAGGUUUUAAGGCGGCCGUUGGAAAGAGAGGUCACAAUGCCUUUGAAGUUUCGGGUGCAAAUUCUGAGAAUGUUGCACUCGCGGAAUUGGACUUCGUCCAAGUUCGCGACCUCGAAGCCGAAGGUCACAAAUUAGCGGCCUAUCUGAGGACUAAUCCCAGACUUGAUCGUCCACUUCGAAUCGAAUUGUGGAAGAGGCAAGAGUGGUUCGUUUUCUUGUCCCGCGUCGUGGUGUGAUUUCAUAGGUGAAGCUACAUGAGAAUUAGUUGACAGCCUUCGCUCAUAGCCUUCGGUCGUGUUUGCAAAUCGCUCCCGUACAUCGCUUUUCUUCCAUUGCUAAAAUGAGCUGUAUUCGAAAAAAUACACUCGUGGUUGAUUUUAGCGUUCUUCCUACGCGACCUGAAUUAGGUAAAAUCGAGUGUUUCCUAGAAAAGGAAAUUAAACUAAAUCUCGCGGACGCAAAGUGUAUUCAACUACACAACACCCGCAACUGUGUAUUUAUUGAGAUGAUAGACAACGAGACGGCGCUGCGCUAUGAAAAAGCGCACAAUAUCCAACGGUCUAUUGUGUGCAAUGGCAAGCCGUUCAAGAUCCCCGUGUAUGUGGAUAGCGAGGCUGUUACAGUUCGUGUGUGUGACCUCCCUCCAUCCAUACCCCAUGUAGCUGUCGCGGAGCAAAUGAGAAGGUUCGGUGAUGUGGUAUCAAUACAAGGUGAACGAUGGAAGAACUAUUUUCCCGGUGUCUUCAACGGUGUCCGAGUGCUUCAGAUAAGACUCAAACAACCCAUCCCGUCGUUCAUUACUAUCAGCAAUGAAAUUGCCACCGUAUUCUAUCCAAACCAGGUUAAGACAUGUAGAUGGUGCUGCAAACCUGUCCAUCCGCAGCAGAAAUGUUUGGAGGUAACUAACAUACACCCCGCCGCCGCCGCCGCCGCGGUUACUCAUCAAUCACCAUCCACCGAGCAGAAAUUCGACGAGGCUGAUUUCCCACCAAUCAGUCCAUCGGUCGAAGCAAGAGGCAAACGUGCGUUUGCUGAAAGCGAGCCUCAACCGAACAACGUAGCUACGAGCCUAGUACAGCAGCAGAGAACAAACACCGAUGGUGACGACGACGACGACGUUGGGAACGAUCACGACGAUAGCUCAUCUUCUCCGUACGAAAGCUGCGACGGUACAAACAAGCGGCGGCUGUCAACCAAGCGUGGAAAAGAGAAGAAGAAAGUGUGUGGUGCUAUUCUGGGAUCACAGAGCGACUGUGAUUCCAAUUCGUCUGUUAUUUUAUUGUAAAAACAUAGUUUUUCGGUCCCGUUAAGCUCCCGGGCGCAUGGACCUAUUAAAUAAAUGAAAUUGAAAAAAAAAAAUACAUGAGAAUUCUUAGUAGGAUUAACUAAUUAACUUCCCUUUCCCUAAUAGUGUUUCCCGCUAAGCUUGUUAGUUCCGUUAGGAAAGAUUAGGAGCAAGUGUCAAGUGUGUGUAGAAACCUGAACCAAAGGGAUUCGUGGCAGCUAGGCCAUUGCCGACACACCACCAGCCGUUAGAAACCGCUCUUGACCCCACCUUUCGAGUUUGAAGGAUUCCCGGGGCACACGUGGCCGGAAGAGGGUUGCGUCACGCCAAGAAACGCGCCCUAGACAGGCAGGCCGCCAUCAUUUGCCGCGUCGGAGAACAACGCCAACUGCCAACAAGCCAUUGUUCCGUAGGACGCUCGAACGCAUGUGCCGCGUUCACGCGUAAGCCCACGUUUCCGUGGAGGUCGGAUUAAGCGCGAACCGUCGGAUCGCACGUUCAACCCGGGCCGGAGUAGGCCAGAAAACACUCCGUGUGCCCACCGACGUCGCGUGUCACCGCGCAAUCCACCCACAAUCCACCCAACCAGCUCGUAAAUCCAAGCAUGCAUGCUAUACGUUUGUGUCGUCCAUGCGCAUGAGACAAUACGGCACAAUCGACAGCCCGUACCGUCUCACAUUGUGAAUGAAACCCACCCCGUAACACACACCCUCGACCACCGUCGCACACACUGGUAGCCGUAGGAGAUUAUUUGAUCGGCGCCGCUGGGCGUUGAAGUACGACAGCGAAGGAGGGGAAUGAGAAAGAACGGAAACACACACUAGGGAAUUGUAGAAGGGGAAAGGAAGGCCUAGGCAAACAUGUAAAGAAAGAUCGAUCGAGGAAUAAAUAUGUAUAGGUACUCAAAUCAGCUCGUUUGAAUAAAGCUCUGCGGUAGGUGCUUUUAUAGCAUGUAAAACAUUUGUAGUGUCGUUUAAUAAAUGCAACAGUAGUUCCCAAA